CGCAAAGUGCUGUUCGAACUAUAAAAACCGAUGCAGUUUUAGCGAGCGAUUAGUGAACAAAAAACCGAAGCAAAAUGAGGGCUACUCUGACAUUGACUCUGCUGCUCAGCUGCUGCCUUACAGGCAUUCUGUCGCUGACUUGGGAAAUGGUUGAUGAAUGCUUGAAGGAGAACGGAGUCACUGGACAGGAUCUGGCGGACCUACAAACGGGGAAAGUAAAAGCCGAUGAUGCGAAGGACAACGUCAAGUGCUCCACCCAAUGUAUAUUGGUCAAGAGCGGCUUCAUGGACUCCACGGGCAAACUCCUGACCGACAAGAUCAAGGCCCACUAUGCCAGCACCAACCUAAAGGCUGAAAUCGACAAGAAGUUGGAAAGGUGCAGCAACGUCAAGGGGGAAAAUGCCUGCGACUCAGCAUUCCAGAUAUUGGCUUGCUUCCAGGACGGCCAAUAAUCCUACCAAUCGGUAGACAAGUUUGGAGCAUGACACUUUCAAGAACAAUAAAGGCAAGCAGCAGAUAUGGAGCAGAACCAUAAAUUCAAGAAAUGUGCCAAAACAUCAGUUGAAGAAUUAUAUCAAAGGGUUUAGCGCUAUUUUAAGGUUAUUGAAUUUGGCUUGAAGAGGAUAUAUCCAAUUUGCAAGUCUGCUUUUGUUAUUGCGUCUAACAUUUCUAGAAAAUUAUUAUUCGGAAACUAAUUAUUUAAAGAAGAGCAACUUUAAAAUAUAUAUGUGGA